AAACAUGCAAAUGUAAUUCCCACUUUUCAAUUCUACUGUUAGAAUGAGUAUUAUUUACACUAUGAUAUAGGUAUUAAAACAUGAAUAGACACUAUACCUAUAUAAACCAUGAUUGAUACAGAGAGGGCAUCCAUAGUUCGUAAUUUUGCGAUGGUGUUUUCCUAAUGAGCUUAAAAUUAUAAAAAACCAGUAACUCCCCGACCAUUUAUUAUUCAAAUAACCAUAUCACGAAAGACAAAAAUCUUUAUUUAUAUAGGAACUGAAAAAUACGGCCUAAAAUGAAAUUGUACACUAUCACACUUAUAAUGGACUCUUUGUUGCGAGAAGAACUGCCAACAAUUGUGAACAAUGGGGAUUAAAUUAAAUACAUUUUAAUCAUCACACUAAAUCGAAUUAGUACUCAACGAGAAAUAAGGAAGUUGAACAUAUUGUGAUCAAAUCAAUCAUUUUAGCAAUGGACUCUUUGUUGCGAGAAGAACUGCCAACAAUUGUGAGCAAUGGAGCGUUCGGAAAAAAUCUCAAAUAUUUGUCAUUUGAUUUGGACAAGGAUCACGUCGGACAGGAUCAGUAUAUGUCAACAGUAUUAUUUGGUACAGUCACCACAUCUGAUGAAUCACAACAUCGUGUUGUGAUAAAGUUAAAACUUCGAGACGAAAAGCUGAGAGUUAUGUUCAAAAUCGACUUUCAAUUCCACAACGAAAUUAUUAUGUAUGAAAAAAUUAUACCAUUUCUAUUUGAAUGUUAUCGCUCUAUGACAGGUGUCGGGGACUGUCCCACAUUGGCUCGAUUCUUUUACGGUCGUAAUAUAUGCGGUGAGUUUGUUGAAAAAGAUUUAAUAAUGUUGGAGAACGUUAUACCUCUGGGAUUCCGAUUGAGCGAAGACCGUCUGUUCAUCGACUAUAACCACCUCGUAAUUGCGUUACAAGCAUUAGCCAAGUUUCAUGGAUUGUCAUAUACCGCGAAACACAAAGACCGCGGCCACUUACGAAAAAUUGUCACGGACAUUCGCGAAACACAGUUUGACGUUAAUGGACAGUGGUCAUUUAAGAACAAGGCAUUAAGUAGAUGCAGUAAGCGAGGAGUAGACCAACUGCUUGAACGUAGCGGUGACCUUUAUCGGGAUAACGACCACUUACGACGAUUUAACGAGCUCGUCAGGGACGGAGAAAACUCGCUGAGACGUGCUCUCGUUCCCCGAGAACCAUUUUCCGUUGUGUGCCACGGAGACUUUAACCGGAACAAUGUAUUGUUCCAAUACGAUGAGGCAGGACUUCCGGUCGAUGUGUUGCUGUUUGAUUUCGGGACUCCUCGUUAUGGUUCGCCGGCGUUAGAUCUGUCGUUUUUCUUGUACAUGAACACGGUGCAAAAUUUGCGUGAAAGUCGAUGGGAUGACUUACUGAACGCGUACUGCUUGACCUUGCGGGAAUUCGUACCGCCUGGUAUCCGCGUGCCAAACAGGGCUGAACUGGACUCCGAAAUGUCCAAGUGUGCCUUAUAUGGAUUCGCACAUGCAUCAUUUUUCUUACCCUAUCAAUUAAGAGAAACUGAUCUCGAAGAGGAAAUGGACGACGAAGAAACUUUGGAGUGGUUAUUACAAUUGGGCGGUGACAUUGGGUCGGACUUAGUGGCUGACAUGGUUCAACACAUCGUCGACAUGAAAUACACUAAUGUGUAACGUGCAAUUUAGUUUUUUCGUUGUUGUUUGGUGUUGAUCACAAUCACUUAAUUUGUAUGUUGUCUUGAUGUUCAUUUAAUGCUGUUAAUAAGUAUCUUCUAUGAUUAUAUACAUUGUUUUUAUUGUUUAAAUUUAUAUUAUUUAAGGGUUGUGUUAACAUAAGUAUAGGUAUAAAAUAUAAAUAAAUAGAUAAUAUACGACUUAGGUUAAUUUAAAGUUAAUUUUAAUUUUUAGUUAAUCCAAGUCGAUGAAUGUGCUGAGACCACAGAGCAAUAAUUUUACUAUUGUAAUAAAUCGCCGACGAGCAUGAUGGUGUCUUUUGUAUCUGUUAUGCCUGGGUGUCGGUAGGAUUGGGCUGGAUAUCAUACGUGGAUUAGCGAUGAUUUGCAUAUAUUCCUACAGUGUAUUUAUAAUUUAGUGUCUGUUUUAUUUUACGAAAAGGUCUUUGCGUAUAUUAAUUGUUUACCGAUUAAUUUUGGGUAGUUACAAUACCUUGCUAUUUGUUCGCAAAAUAUAAUCUGAAAAAUAUCAACUAUUGGUUGUGUUGAGAAUCAAAGGCAUAUUUAGUGAUGGAAUAUUAUCAACCCUUUCGAAAAUUCACACUCCUUCCCGUUUAAUAUCAAUUAAAUACUUAUAAGCUUAUACUUAGCUUUGAAAUUCAUUUGGAUAUUCAUCGAUCGCAAAACUAAAAAAAAAAAAAAAAAAA